AAAUAAUAAAAUUGCGGUCUCAUGGAAAUGUCUGCUCUGUUUGAUUCCCUCUGGGUUGGUUGUAUUCAUCAAUAAAACUACAUUUUCAACAAAGAUGUAAAGUCAAGAGAGAAGAAUAUAACAUGAUUAAAAAAAAAACAUGAUGGAUCGUUUUCUGAAAUCUAAUGUAUUCGUAAUAUUUGGUAGACAGCUGUUUCAUUCCGGUAGACAUGUUCAUCCUUACGAGCGAAGUACUAUGUUGCUUCCGUCGCUGUCACUUUUAUUCACGUAAAAUAAUGCGUAGAUCUAGUGUAAUUAUAAAUGCAAAUAUGUGUGUAUGAUCGUAGUGUUCGUAGUACUUAAUAAAAAAAAGGAUUUGUUCGCUCGUUAAAAAAAAAUUAUAAUAAUCAUUAUAAGAAAUAGUAAUGGCUCAAUGCAAGUUAACCCCACGGGAAUUUAUCAGCAAUACCUUUUCGCCACAAAUUGCUGCAGUAUGCACAUCUGCUGCCGAUGCAACAUGUCAGAAAAAUAAUUUGUCAUUUGUCGAACUUUUGCAACCAUUCUGCAAGUUAAAUACCGAAGGACAUUUCAAAGAUCCGCAAGGAAAUAUUGUAACCGUUCGAAAUCUUCGACUUUCUAUACAAGAUGUUAAUGCACAUCCACCUGAAUCUAGCAUUGCAAGAAAAAUGUUGAAUGAGGCUGUUAGUUCGGCAAUGUGUGAACGUACUACUGUUAUUCGUAUUGGAACAGUUGAUUUAGAUAUUCCUUUAUCUGUUCCAUGGUUUGAAGCAUGGAGAGAAAUGUUUCUUAGUGUGCAGUUUCCUUCUGAUCAUGAGUUUACAAGACAUUUUCUUGCUUGCAUGAUCAUUGUUUCAACAGCAGAUGAUAAUCCUUUAGACAAAGUACAAGUAAUGGGUUCACAAUUACACCAAAGUAUUCCUGGAAAAUUACCAAAGUGGUUUAAUAACAAUGCAUUAAGAUAUUACAUCCUAAUACAUGAUGCCUUACUGGAUGAUAAGAUCAAGGCAGAGAGUGUUUUUACAGAAAUGAAAAAUAUUUAUGGUGCUAAUAAUUGUUUCCUUUUACAAAUGAAUUCACGACCACCAGGACAAAUUGAUGAUAAUUCACACUUACCGGAUCCUUGGAGUCAAUUUCUAAUAAAACGUACAGAAUUAUCAAGUGGUAGCGAACAAAAUAGUUCACCACGUACUCCAGCAGAUACAGGAGGUGUAUCUGCUAUGCCAAAUGAAGUCACAACAGAGUCUGAGAAAUCAAGUCAAGCUGGAACACCGGUUGUUCCACAAAAUAAUACGUUAGUUUCUCCAGAUGUAGCUGAUACAAUUAGUCUUUCUUCUGAAAUGUCAGAACCUAGUAAUGUGCAAUUAGAAGUUGGACAAGAAGCAGUGUCCGUAACUAUUCAUCCUCUUAGUCCAGAGAGUGACAAGUUACAUAAUAUUAGUUCUACUACUAAUAUUAAAGCUCAUAUAGCUAGUAAUUCUCCAAUUAAUGCCAAUGUUUGGGCAGAUUCUCCAAAUUACAUUGCUGCACAGCAUGGUGCUCGAUUAUCUACACAAGAUCUUGAAAGACUGAGAUCACUUAUAACAGAAUUUUGUUUGAAGAGUUUAUUACCAUAUGUUGAGAAACAAAUUGGUUUAUUAAAUGAUGUUAUUUCAAAUAAAAAGGGUGUUAGUAGAUCACUUUUUAGUGCAACAAGAAGAUUAUUCGGUACGAAUAAGCCAGGAGCGCCAGGAUCUGCUCCAUUAAAUGCUGUGAUUUACACUGCAGAGUCUUCUGAGUUACAAUUGCGUCGAUUGGGUGAUUUGUGUUUUAUAUUUGGUCAUUAUUCGCUUGCUUAUCAAGCGUACCAUAGCGCAAAACGAGAUUUUGCAGGCGAUCAAGCAUGGCUUUAUUAUGCAGGUGCUCUAGAAAUGGCUGGUUUAAGUGCUUUCAUGCAAGGUGAAAUGAAUCGAAAAACAAUCGAGUAUAUGGAUGAUGCAAUAUUAACUUAUUCAAAUAGUUGUAAGAUGCCGCAAUUUGCAACGAGAGCAACAUUGCUCAGUGCAGAAUGCUUGAAGGGUCGUGGAUUAUAUGGGGAAGCAGCAAAACAGUUAAUUCGUAUGACAAGCGAAGAUUCUGAUUUGCGUUCUGCUUUACUUCUCGAACAAGCUGCUUAUUGUUUUAUUGGUCCGAAAAUGAUGAGGAAAUAUGCGUUUCAUGCAGUCUUAGCUGGACAUAGAUUCUCGAAAGCAGGCCAAAGGAAACAUUCUUUAAGAUGUUAUCAACAAGCUUAUCAGGUAUAUAAUAAUAGAGGAUGGUCAUUAGCAGAAGAUCAUAUACACUUUACCAUUGGUAGGCAAGCCGCUUCUUUAAAGCAAGUUCAAGAAUCUGUCAAGGCAUUUGAAAAAUUAUUGAAUGCUAAUAGUAAACAACCGGCACCGCAACAAGCUGCUUUCCUACGAGAAUUUUUACAUAUUCAUAAUUUAUUACUUCAAGAAGAUGCUACAAAUGACCAGGAGCUUCCUGUUUUGCCUUUACCAUUAAUAGAUAGCAACAAUGUUAAAGUAUUAUAUGGCCAUUUGUGUGAAUCAACUGAAGAUAGUAUUUCGGCGAGUCAUGUAUCGCUAGACGAUGAAGAUACAGACGAUGUUAGAUGGUCAAAAAUGGAAGAAAUACUUAUAACCGAAGCUCAGGGAACACAACCUAUGAUAUUUAAGCCAUCCAUUAUAUUGUAUUCGAGUAUAAGUAAUAAUACUGUCAAACCAAAUGCUGUCUUGAAUGAGCCAGUGCAUUUUUCUAUUGAAUUACAUAAUCCACUGCAUAUAUCAUUACCAUUAUCCAACGUAACUUUAUUGUGGUCAUUUACUAGCGUCAAUAAUACUAUUACAAAUGAAACAAAUUCGGAAACGUCGGAAUCAGAACUGGUUGAUACACAAGUAAUCAAUUCAAUAAUGUUACAUCCAGUUUGUAAACAACGUAUUGUAUUAUCUCUCACACCUAAGCAAGUAGGACAGGUAAAAGUCUUGGGUUUGAAGUACAACAUGUCUAAUCCAGUUCAUGCAACGCUAGAUCCACUUGUUAUGAAUCCGACAAUUUUUGUUGCUGGAAAACGAUUGUUUGAAAUUAAAGGUCCUAAAUUAAAAAAUAUUAAAGAAAAACCAGGCAUACAAAUGUAUGCUGUGGAUUAUAGAUUAGAAAUGAAUGUCAUCAAAAAAGCUCCAUAUAUACAGAUCCAUUUUAGCAAAUUAUCAUCAGAAAUGUUUUGUGGAGAAAUACAAAAGGUUGAAGUAACUCUAAAGAAUAUAGGAAAUGCACCAUUAACAAAUAUUUAUGUUACUUGUGUCAAUGCUAAGUUAUUUUCAUUAGGAAAUGAAGAUAUACUUGAUGAACAUUCAUUGAAGAAAAGCAAUAAAGCUGUAACAAAAAUUUUGCUACCUUCAGAUAAAAAUAAUAUUUUAAACGUAGGUGAUGUUCAUAAGAUGCCACUGUGGAUUCAAGCACCUCAUAAAAAGGGAAGUCAUAGAUUAGAUUUACUUUUCUAUUAUGAAAAUGUUGACUCUGAAAGUAUUCCAAGACACAGAUUAUGCAGACAUACGUGGCACUUGGAAGUAUUGGAUUCAAUACAAAUCAAAGCAAUCGCAUCCAGAAGUGCAGUAUUUAAAGAUACUUUACCGACAUUGAAUAUGAAAAUGUCUGUAAAAAACAUGAAUCAGAUUCAUGAUACUAUAACAAAUGAAAUUUCAAUAUUAGCUGUAUCUUGCCAAAGUGAUACUUGGUCAAUAUUUAGAUCAUCUGUCCUUCCAUCUAAUAUUAUAGUACACCCACAAGAGAUGUUUCAUUUAUUGUUUAAAUUACAAAAAAAAUUUGAUAACACAGCAAUAUUCUCUAAUGUAUCAAUAAUAGAAGAUAAUAAGAGUGAUGAAAUAUCGGAAAUAGCUUAUCCAUUCAUGAAUUUUGUACAAAAGAGAUAUAUUUUACCAUUAGAUAUACAUGAGAAUGCAGCUGAUAUGCAAUUGCAACUUCAAGAAAUUAAUCAAAAGGAUAAUGAUCCUCUUCUAAACACUAUGAUGAUGAAUUCGGCUUUAAUUGUUAGAUGGAAAAAUAAAAUAAUAGAAAAUGGUUAUGUUGUUAGGCAAGCAAUUGGUCAGCAUCAUAUUGACAUGAAAUAUUUGAAUCAAGUUUACAAAUAUCCAAAAGAAAUGCAAGUAGAACAAAGUGAAUAUUGUGGACGUUUGAAGAUAUUUGGACCAGAUAGGAAUAUACCAGAUUUAUCGAUUACGCAUAAUAAAGAACAAUUUCUAGGAAUUGAUCUUCAAACGAAUGCAACUAUGUUCUGUAAAAAUAUAAUAACAUUUUCUUUAAGUCAUCUCAGGCAAGGCGAGCAUAAUUUUAGAGAAAAUAGACUUUGCAUUAUACCAGUUACAAUGUAUAUACAAAAUCAUCUCCAAUCAAAAAUAGAUGUCAGAAUAAACACCAUUGGAACUAGCAGUGAUACUCAACUUCCAAGUAUUAAGACUCAACUUUAUUCACCACAUGCUUCGACAAACUUUCGAUAUAUUUGUCAUUCAGCGAUUAAUUGUUGCAUAGAGUCUCUCGCACAGAAUACUAUAAAAUUGCAAGCUAUAUUAUCAGCUCCUGGUACAUACAAUUUAGCAGCAAGAAUAGAAGUUUCUGUAAAAAUUGUAAAUAAUAGAGAAUUUAUUCCUCAAGAAUGGAAUAUGGAAAGUAUAUGCAUUAUGAAGAAUGCAGCUGUAUAAAAUUUAUUAUUGCAAUAUUAGGUAUCAUUCAGAUAACAAAUAUCACAUAAAUUACUUUGUUUAAUUCGAUUAAAAAUCAUUCCUUUGUA